ACCUCCAGCCACCAACACCUCCAUCACCUCGAUCCUCCUCCCAUGGAGCUUCCCGUGGUCAAGAUCCCGUCGCGCUCCUCCCCGCUCGCUGGCACGGCGCCGACGGCGGCGCACCAGCUCCCGGCGUCUCUGCGCCUGGGACCAGCCGUGGCCGCCUGCGCUAGGCCCCUCGCCGCGCGCGCCGCUCCGGCUCUGGCGGCGGCGGCAGCGUCGUCCAAGUCGUCGGGGGCUGAGGGAGAGAGCGAGGAGAGCAAUGUGUUGACCCUGGACAGCAUCAGGAGCUCGCUGAUCAAGCAGGAGGACACCAUCAUCUUCAGCCUUCUGGAGAGGUCACAGUUCUGCUACAACCCCGGCACCUACGACCGCAGCGCGUCCGGGGUAGCGGGGUUCAAUGGCUCCCUCGUCGAGUUCAUGGUUCAGGGGACAGAGAAGUGCCAUGCCAUGAUGGGGAGGUACAAGAGCCCAGAUGAGCACCCUUUCUUCCCUGAGCAGCUGCUGGAGCCGGUGCUGCCUUCUGCUCGAUACAAGAAUGUUCUGCAUCCUGCUGCUGCUUCCAUCAACAUAAACAAAAAGAUCUGGAGUGUGUACUUUGAUGACCUUCUGCCAAGGCUUGUGAAUGAAGGAAGUGAUGGCAACUGUGGAUCAAGUGCAUUCUGUGACACCAUAAUUCUUCAGGCACUCUCCAAGAGGAUUCACUAUGGCAAGUUUGUGGCAGAAGCUAAGUUCCAGGAGUCACCUGCUAAGUACAAGCCUGCAAUCAAAGCACAGGACAAGGACAAGCUGAUGGAAAUGCUGACCUAUGUGAAGGUGGAGGAGAACGUCAAGCGCCGCGUGAAGAGCAAGGCCAUGGCCUUCGGCCAGGUGGUGGUGAGCUCCGAUGCUUCUCCGACGGCCGACGGCGUGCCACUCAAGAUCAAGCCUGAGCUGGCUGCAGAGCUGUAUGACAAAUGGGUCAUGCCACUGACCAAGGAAGUGCAAGUGCAGUACCUCCUCAGGAGGCUGGAUUGAGCAACCCAUCCUUUGCCUGCCUGUCUCAAGAUACUCACCAAUUUCAGUUCUGAAUCCUCAUCUGUGGACAGCAGUUUACUUCUCAAAUAAUUAGGCCCUUGUUUUGUUCCCCAGAUUCUUCUUCAGUUCAGUUUUAUUUCCAGUAAUUGCAUCUUAGUAUCUUCCUGUAAUCAUUUAGCUGCAGCUCAGUUUUCAGUGGAACACUAUGCAGUUGCAAAUUUACUGAAUUACAAAUUGAGUGGAGAUGAUCUGAACUGAAAGCCAAGGUUUUAGCUCAGCCCUUGUUUGAUCUUGUCCUGGUCUCCUAUUGGUUUGUCUUAAGAAUUUGUCCCUCCAUUGUUUUGUCAGUGCUAAUAU